AUGCCCGAUCCCCUCCCAGCAUCGGGGUCCAAGCGGCCCUCACCCGCGGAUGUUAGUAGUGUGGGCAAGAAGAAGCGGAAACAGCGCAAGACCUUUGCGUGCGCAGAAUGCCGGCGGCUCAAGAUGAAGUGUGAUAGGCAGGGUAUGGGCGGACAUGACUUUGAACUGAUGACAGUUCCUUGUUCACAAUGCGUUAGGCGCAAGUGCGCCGCGCUAUGCUCGGAUGGCGCUCAGACCGACGGACUGCAAUUGCUCUCGGAGGCGUCUAAGCGCCACCGCAGCGAGGGCGCACCUGUCAUCUCACCACCAGCCUCACCACGUGUGCGAGUUGAGUCAACACCACCAGUACGCGCUGCAACCCCUGCAUCACCGCUCGCCACGACCUCGACCAUACCGCGCAAUGAUACACAUCCCUCGCUCAUCGCCACCGCCGCCAUGCCCGAGACCGUUCCCCUCACGGCAGCACUGUCAGGUCUCGCCCAGCCGUCCACGUCGCCCAGCUUUCCCUUCCUUGACCCAACGUCCUGGCCAAGCGUCGAGUCUGGGACAAGCCAGCCUUCAGUCCCCUCGCAUGUUGAGGAAGGUGGCUCGGGAACGCUGGUCAUGGCCAACGGCGGCCGGUCCAAGUAUCUCGGCCCCAACGCCGCAAGCGAGUGGCUCCGCGACCAAGAGACGCGCGAGCUGGACGACCUGCCUCCGCCAUCUCGUGUGCCUUCCCCGAAGGACAUGCCGAUCGUGCUCAACCCGUCGUUCCCCUUCGCAGCCGCUGCACCGACCACGAUGGCAUACCUCUUGUCCAGACUACCACCGCGUGAGGAGGCCAAGGCCUUCACCGACUCCUAUUACCGCUACUUCGCCUGGCAAUACGACGUCGUCCCGCGGCAGUACUAUGAGCCCAUCUUUGAGCGGGUGUACGCGAGCCUCGAGAGCAACAUAGAGGCUGCCAGCCCACAGGAGCUCGCGCUGCUGUACAUCGUCUUCGCGAUGGGUGCACUGUAUAGCCUCGAGCUCCCACCUAACGACCCUGUCGCGACCGAGUACCAUGGCCUCUCCAAGGCGUCCUUGGUCAAGGGCAACUUUCUCGUCAACACGGCCAUGUCGGGUGUGCAGACACUUCACAUCAUGGCCCACUUCCAUCUGGAAACGGAGGAGGGCAGGAAUGGCGACCCUGCUUGGCCGCUGUGGGGUAUGGCCAUGCGACUUGCGCAGGCUAUGGGGUUGCAUCGUGACGGAGAGUCGUGGGGCCUGCCACCAGAGGUCAUCGAGGAAAGGCGGCAUGUGUUCUGGGAAUCAAAUGCGGCCGAUAUCUUCCAGGCCAACAACUUCUGUCGACCAUGCUCCAUCUCCCCUGACUAUGUUGACACGAAGCUCCCCAAGGAGAAGAGCUCAGUGGCCGUGGACGGACGAGGAUACUUCACGCUCAAGUGGGAGCUGGCAGUGCUUUGCGGACAAGUACUCGACCUCAGCAUGAAGAUCCAUAAGCCCCUUGACUCAGGGAUCCCAGACCUCCAUCGCCGACUAACUGAGUUUGAGAGCAGCAUCCCGUACCCAUUGCGCUGUCGUUCGGCCUUGCUCGCACUGCCAUCCCGAUAUGCGGACUCGGAAUCAGCCAUCCGCGACAGUCCCGAGGUGCACCGCCGUGACAUCCACCGCACAUUCCAGCAAUGUACGCUCGCUGUUAACGUCUCCGAGUCCUUCUUGUUCCUCCAUCGUCCAAACUUUGUCAAGAUCCUUCGCGAACAGAAUGAUGACCCGACCAAGUCGGCCUACGCGCAGUCGUUCUUCUCCAUCCUGGAGCGGUGCAACGUCAUGAUCGUGGUUGCGGCGACCGUGCACAGCCUUUUCCCCGCCAUCGCCGUCCGGCAUUGGUUUUUCUGGCACCACACCUUCAACUCCGCUGUGACGAUGGGCACACUCAUCAUCCGCAACCCGCAGAACACGCUCGCACCGUAUGCCCUUACCCUCAUCGACUCGACCAUCUUGCUCCUGUCUCGCGUCAUCGUUUCCUGGCCAUCGCCCCGUAUGGCCAAGAAUCUCAAGUGGCUACACCGUCUCCGCGGCCGUGCGGCCGCAAAGCUGUCAGCCGUUGCCCCCAACCCGAACCCAAUCCCCACAGGCACUGAAAGUGGUUCAACCUCGGACGAUGAGGAUGUAGAGCUCGUCGGCUGGUGUACGCGCCUCGUGCAGCGCGGCGCGACUGGCUCGCAGACAGUACGCACGAUCCUCUCAAAGUCGGCGCCGUCGCCCAACGUCUUCUCGUCACCCAACACCGAGCUCAGCUCGCUCCUCGACGCCGUCAUCCGGAACGCCAACGCAGAAAAAACCGACGCCGGGGUGUCAGGAUCGGGGCUGCCCAUGCCCUCGCCAAGUCAGACGGACCCAAACACGGACAUCUUGCUACACGAGUUCUGGGACCCUAUGCUCAUGAUGGUCCCAUCCGACAAUCUAGGCAUUCCCUCUGGUGUGACUUCGACCUGGUGGGAGUUUGACACCGGAGCCGGCCCACUACCCGAACCCGAACAAAGCGGUUGA